CCGCCGCCGGCUCGCAGCCCGCCAGGCGGGCGGCCCCGCCGGCCCGAGCUCCCAGCGCCUGCCGCCGCAGCGUCGGGGCGCUGGGUGCGCGGGCAGCCGCGGAGCUAGCGGACCCGAGCGGGCGGCCGCGCAUUCGCCCGCCCGGUGCCACCGCUGCCGCCGCUCCGGAGCGCAGAACCCAGCACCCCCGGCGUCUGCUGCCGCCGCGGAUACGGCCUGGGCACUUUUAGCCGGGCGGGAGGGCCGGAGAGCCGGGCCGCCGAGAGCCGCGAGCGAGCCGCGCCGAGAGCCGCGCCAACCCGCCGCGAGCAGGGACGGACGCCCGGCCGCAGCCGCCGCCGCCGCCGCCGCCCGGCCGCUAUGGAUCUAUUCGACUUUUUCAGGGACUGGGACUUGGAGCAGCAGUGUCACUAUGAGCAAGACCGUAGUGCACUUAAAAAAAGGGAGUGGGAGCGGAGGAAUCAAGAAGUCCAGCAAGAAGAUGAUCUCUUUUCUUCAGGCUUUGAUCUUUUUGGGGAGCCCUACAAGACAAACAAAGGGGAUGCACUUGCCAACCGAGUCCAGAACACGCUGGGAAACUAUGAUGAAAUGAAGGAUUUGCUAACUAACCAUUCUAAUCAGAAUCAUCUAGUGGGGAUCCCAAAGAAUUCUGUGCCCCAGACUCCCAUCAACAAAAAUGAACCAAGCUUUUUCCCAGAACAAAAGAACCGAAUGCUCCCACCUCACCAGGAUAGCACUCAUCCCUCAGCACCAAUGCCUCCACCUUCCGUCGUGAUACUGAAUUCCACUCUCAUACACAGCAACAGGAAAUCAAAAGCUGACUGGUCACGUGAUAGUCAUAAUGCUAACAUUGUCCCAGCCAAUCAGGCCAGUGGUCAGCCAAACAAGCUGCCGCCGUCUACACAGGACCAACCCCCAGCCCGACUGGAAGACUUCUUUGUCUACCCAGCUGAACAGCCCCAGGUUGGAGCCACUGAAGAGUCAAAUGUGUCUGCAAAGGAAGACAGUAGUCUCAAGUCCAGUGCAGGGGAUAUGUUCAAAGAAAUCUUUCAGUCCAUCUCAUCAGAAGAAUCUGAAUUUACAGUGCAAGCUCCUGGGUCUCCCCUAGUUGCCUCCUCUUUGUUAGCUCCCAGCAGUGGCCUUUCAGUUCAGAACUUUCCACCAGGGCUUUACUGCAAAACAAACAUGGGGCAGCAAAAGCCAACUGCAUAUGUCAGACCCAUGGAUGGCCAGGAUCAGGCACCAGACGUCCCUCCAACACUGAAACCUUCCAUUGAAUUUGAGAACAGCUUUGGGAAUCUGUCAUUUGGAUCACUCUUGGAUGGAAAACCCAGUGCAGCCAGUUCAAAGCCUAAACUGCCAAAGUUCACGAUUCUCCAAACAAGUGAAAGAGCCCUGUUCGAUCUGGCUGCCAGGAACUGGCUCCUCCUUUUUGACCCACCUGUAGUAAGCCUUCCCAGUGAUCCAAGCUGUGUUGAAGAAAUCUUGCGGGAGAUGACCCAUUCCUGGCCUGCUCCUCUCACUGCCAUGCAUACUUCCGGAAACUCCGAGAAGAACUCACUUUGCAUCCCAGGACAGGAAUCCCAACACCUGACUCCAGGAUUCACCUUACAAAAGUGGAGUGACCCAACCAGCAGAGCUUCUACGAAGAUGCUUGAGGACGACCUGAAGCUGAGCAGUGAUGAAGAUGACCUUGAGCCUGUAAAGACCUUGGCCACUCACUGUACCGCCACUGAGCUCUACCAGGCUGUUGAAAAGGCAAAACCUAAGAAUAAUCCUGUAAACCCACUCUUGGCCACACCUCAGCCGCCACCCGCAGUGCCAGCUAGUGGGGGAUCCGGCAGCUCCAGUGACUCUGAGAGCAGCUCUGAGUCAGACUCAGACACCGAGAGCAGCACCACCGACAGUGAAUCCAAUGAGGCCCCUCGUGCAGCCACUCCAGAGCCUGAGCCGCCCUCCACCAACAAGUGGCAGUUGGAUAAAUGGCUUAACAAAGUGACAUCCCAGAAUAAGUCGUUUAUUUGUGGCCAAAAUGAAACACCCAUGGAGACAGUGUCUGUGCCUCCUCCUAUCAUCCAGCCAAUGGAAGUCCAGGUCAAAGUGAAAACAACCCCCAGCCAGAUCCUGGGUGAACCCAAAGAGAGGCCUCUCCUCAGUCUUAUUAAGGAGAAAGUCCGCCCACGGCCGACCCAGAAAACUCCAGAAACCAAGGCUUUGAAGCAUAAGUUGUCGACAACUAUUGAGACAGCCUCUCAAAGGACAAUUGGAAAAAAACAGCCCAAAAAAGUCGAGAAGAACACCAGCAUUGACGAGUUUACCUGGCCCAAACCAAAUAUUACCAGCAGCACCCCCAAAGAAAAAGAAAGCAUGGAGCUUCCUGACCCACCAAGAGGCCGCAACAAAGUCACUGCCCACAAACCAGUCCCUAGAAAGGAACUGAGGCCAAACGUUUCCCUGGCUGCCGAGAAAAAGAAGUACAGAGGGCCUGGCAAGAUUGUGCCCAAGUCCCGGGAAUUCAUAGAAACAGAUUCGUCCACGUCCGAUUCCAACACCGAUCAGGAAGAGACCUUGCAGAUCAAGGUCCUGCCUCCUUACAUUGCUCCGGGAGGCAAUACUGCCAAAUCCAAGGAAGCCUGUGGCGCCAGCUUGACCCUCAGCUCCUUGGUCAGCAACAGUAGCAACAACAGCCUAACCACGGGUAGUGAAGAGCCUGCAUUUUCACCCACCCCUGUCAUGCAAACCGAGCUGUCCCCACUACGAGAUCACGAGAACCUGAAAAAUCUGUGGGUGAAGAUUGACCUUGACCUGCUGUCUAGAGUACCUGGCCACCACUCACUGCAAGCGACACCAGCCAAGCCAGACCCCAAGGAGCCUGCGUCCAAGCCCAAGCGCCAGACCACCGCUGCAGCCACUGAAAAACCCAUCCUGAAAGGCAAGCGUAAACACAAGCCAACAGAGAUCGCAGAGAAAAUCCCUGAGAAGAAGCAACGCCUGGACGAGGCCCCCGCUAUCUGCCUGCUGCCCCCUUGCAUCUCACCAGCGCCACUCCACAAACCUCCGCACACUAAAGAAAACAGUUCAUCCAGGAGAGCAAAUAGAAGGAAAGAAGAAAAGCUGUUUCCUCCUCCACUUUCCCCACUGCCAGAGGACCCUCCACGCCGCAGAAACAUCAGUGGCAGCAAUGGCCCCUUUGGUCAAGACAAGAACAUCCCUAUGAUCGGACAGAUCACCUCUACCAAACUGAAGAGAAGUGAAGGCAAAUUCUGUGCUACUUUCAAAGGGAUAUCCGUAAAUGAUGGAGACACUCCAAAAAAGACAAGCUCUGCUGCCAUCACGGUUACCAACACGGCUAUUGCCACUGCCACUGUCACUGCUACUGCCAUUGUCACUGCCACUGUCACGGCCACUGCAACUGCCACGGCCACAGCCACUACCACAACCACUACCACAACCAUCUCCACCAUCACCUCCACAAUCACUACGGGCCUCAUGGAUAGCAGUCACCUGGAGAUGGCAUCCUGGGCAGCCCUGCCUCUUCUGUCCAGCAGCACCGCCAAUGUCCGGAGACCCAAGCUCACUUUUGACGACUCGGUUCACAAUGCUGAUUAUUACAUGCAAGAGGCUAAGAAGCUAAAGCACAAAGCUGAUGCGCUGUUUGAGAAAUUUGGCAAAGCCGUGAAUUAUGCCGAUGCAGCCUUGUCCUUCACUGAAUGUGGCAAUGCGAUGGAGCGCGACCCUCUAGAAGCCAAGUCUCCCUAUACCAUGUACUCUGAGACCGUGGAGCUCCUCAGGUACGCGAUGAGACUGAAGAACUUUGCAAGCCCCUUGGCUUCGGAUGGGGACAAAAAGCUGGCGGUAUUAUGCUACAGGUGUUUAUCACUUCUCUACUUGCGGAUGUUCAAGCUGAAGAAGGACCAUGCUAUGAAGUACUCCAGAUCACUGAUGGAAUAUUUUAAGCAAAAUGCCUCAAAAGUCGCUCAGAUACCAUCUCCCUGGGUAGGCAAUGGAAAGAACACUCCAUCCCCGGUGUCUCUCAACAACGUCUCUCCCAUUAACGCAAUGGGCAGCUGUAACAACGGCCCGGUCACUAUCCCCCAGCGCAUUCACCACAUGGCCGCCAGCCAUGUCAACAUCACCAGCAAUGUGUUACGGGGCUACGAACACUGGGACAUGGCUGACAAACUGACAAGAGAGAACAAAGAAUUCUUCGGCGAUCUGGACACACUGAUGGGGCCCCUGACCCAGCACAGCAGCAUGACCAACCUCGUUCGCUACGUUCGCCAGGGACUGUGUUGGCUGCGCAUCGAUGCCCAUUUGUUGUAGUGGGGGCCCCCAUCUCCAGCAUCACCACCCAUCACUCUACCUCUACCAGAGCACCAAUGGUCACUGGUGGAACUCCACUCACUUGAGAAAGUUCUCUUUGCUUAUGUUUGUUUUUACGCUUCUUUUGAUAUCUGUGAAAAACAGAAGUCAUUGUAAGUGGACACUACAACUUGAGAGCAGUAUGUUUUAUUAGUCAUUUUCAGUAUUUUAUAUGCAUUUCUCAGAUCCCACCAUCCUUUUGUGCUUGAUACAAUGAUACAGUCCCUACAGUAUUGUUUUAAGCCCACACUACCCAAAACAAAAAAUGGGAAGUACUUGUGAUGAUAACACAUUCCUGAGAAAUGAAAUGUCUUACAUAUAUAUAUACAUAUACAUAUAUAUAUAUAUAUAUAUAUAUAUAUAUAUAUUAGACUCAAAGGACCUACAAAGAUUCAAAUUUUCCACAAUAGCUAUUCCCCAAACUGUACUCUUAUGUCCAGAAAAAAAAAAAACGUAUUUCAGAAUCCAUUGUUAAAAUUUUGUGGUUCCCACAGACUCAGUCUCCAGGUGAGAAUUUUCCUUGUCAACCCACUGGUUAGAUGUUGUAGCCACAUCAUAAAAUCAAGAGUAUUAAGAAAAUAAACAAGCAUAGCAAUGCCACUCUCAAACCAAUACUACAUACAACCAGAGGACCUUCUUGCUGGCAUCCCUUCCCUAAUGCCCUACUUUUAAAAUGUUAAUGAGAUGAAGUGGCAACAUUUAUUUUGACAACUUUAAGGCAUCAGCUGGCAUUAAAUAUUUUUGAACUCCCUGAUCUGAAGCAUAAAUCCUCACCUGGGAUUCUCUUUGUGUAAAGCUCUCCUUCUGAGGGGCAGUUAAAUGGGUGUACACCCUAGGAGCCAAAAUACUACACUCCAGUUUUAGAGAUGAGAGAUUAGAAGUCUGGAAAUGUCCAAGGAACUCAUACCUCUGCCUCUUUUGCAGCUGGUAGGCAGGUCCAUUGCUGGAAGGAUAUUUUUAUUGUAUUUUGCUCAAAUCUCAGAAAACAAAUUUAAGUUAUCACUACCUAGGAGUUAAAAUAUACAGUUUACUUCUAAUUAUAAUCCACAUUUCCAGAUUUUCUAGUUCACAGUGUUUCUCCUUCUCCUCCUCCCCCUCCUCCUCCUCCUCUUCUUCUUCCUCCUCUUCCUCCUCCUCCUCCCCCUCCUCCUUCUCCUA